AUGGUCCAUUGGACAGCCGAAGAGAAAUCUGCCAUCACCUCAACAUGGUCAAAGGUCAACCAAGAGCAGGAUGGUGCUGAUGCCCUGACCAGGCUAUUUAUCGUGUAUCCCUGGACCCAGAGGUAUUUCAGCAGCUUUGGGAACCUGUCCAGUGCUAGUGCCAUCUCUUCUAAUGCCAAUGUCCGUGGCCAUGGCAAGAAGGUGCUCGGAGCCGUUGGAAACGCUGUUCAGAAUAUGGAUAACGUGAAGGGCACUCUGGCUAAGCUCAGCAGAGAACAUGCUGUUGACCUCCAUGUGGAUCCCGAGAACUUUAAGCAGCGUCUUGCCCAAAUGCUGGUGAUUGUCUUGGCUGCCAAACUUGGAGGUGCCUUCACCCCUCAAGUCCAGGCUGCCUGGGAGAAAUUCAACAACGUUUUGGUGGCUGCUCUGAGCCAUGGAUACCACUAA